AUGGAUUUAUCUACUGCCUGUUUCCGCUUGUCAGCCUCCUCUUUAACAAAGACUCAUCUUUCCGACUGUCGUCAGACGCAUCGAGGAAAGGUUGUUAAGAACGGACUCAUCUUCAACAUCUCCACUCGAUUCCAGACCCCAGCGCCGGAAAACACUCAUCUUUCUGGGUUCAGCCCCCUCCCAACUCGUACAGAUCGCACUGGAGCCCCUCUUCAAGAAGAACUGGAAGCCUCAAAGCUGAUUUUAUUUGAAUACAACUCUUUUGAGCCCAUUUUGGCACAUGUACCGUCUGAUACCAUUCCAUCUUCAACUCCUCGAUGGCUCUUUGUUGCUCUACUUGUUCCAGCAAGUUUGAGAGAUAGCUCCUCCGCUGAACCAAUCCGGACGCUAAUUAGUCUUGGGACAAUUCUGUUUGGCCGAUUCUGUAGUGAUCUGGGUCAAGUCAAGUGGUGA